AUGGAAUCAACAAGCAACAGGAAGCUCAUCCGCCCGGGCAAGCAUGUCACUCGGGCUUGCACUGGAUGCCGCCAGCGCAAGACCAAGUGUGACGGUGCUCGGCCGCAAUGCGCCAACUGCCGCAUUCACAAUCAGCAGUGUGUGAUGCCGCAGGGCGUCGACAAGCGAACAGUCCCCUCGAAGGAGCGAUAUUCACGUCUUGAGCAGUAUACCCAGUCCCUGGAAUCGGUACUUUUGAGCAACGGCAUCACACUACCGCCACGGAUGGACAUUUCUGCUUUGACUCCAGAUUCGGGCGCUCUCAAUCCCAAUCCCGUGGUUCAGACUCCGGCCUCUCGAGAUGACAGCUCCUGGGGUAGCAUCUGUGACCCGCCCAUCGAGGGAUCUGACUCUGCCAUUCCAUCGCUCCUUCAAGAUAUGGAGAGCCCGGUUGAUUUGCUGAGUGAACGAUUUGGGUCACUGCAGCUGGCGGACGACGGCCAGGUUCGGUUCUUCGGCGCGACCUCCAACCUGCACAUCCAGCACGUGGGAUCCUUUUCGUUGGCAGACCCGAAGAUCCGCUCGGUAUACGGUAGUGAAGGGGAUAUCCUCCGACAUGCUGGGGUUGGUGAGGCCGUGCCAGAGCAGCUGGAGGACCACCUCUUGCGUUUGUACUUUUGCUGGGAGAACCCGAAUAUCCCAGUCGUGGAACAAGACGUCUUUUACGCGCAGCGGGCAAUGUACCGUGCAACUGGCCGACCAUCCCAUCUCUACUCCGAACUUUUGGCUAACACAAUGUGCGCAGUUGGAGCAGCUCUUACACGCCGACGGCCCUGUGGCCUCCCUGAAUCCUUGGCCGAAUUCUUUAGUACUCGAGCAAAGGCCCUUCUCGAAGUCGAGAUGGACGCACCUAGCUUGUGCACAGUGCAGGCGCUGGUCAUACUGAGCGGAGUCGAGGCAUUGCUGACGAGGGAUGCCCGAGGAUGGCUCUAUAGCGGCAUGGCGAUGAGACUCGCAACAGACCUCGGGUUACACCUGGAGCCCUUGCAGUCUGCUCACGGAGAGGGUAGCAGUGCAAGCGAGAUGAGGAUUCGGAGGGUCGUCUUCUGGGGCGCAUACAUACAUGAUCGCAUGUGGAGUUUCUAUGUCGGCCGCCCCGAAUCACUCGACGAGAAGCAUAUAUUUGUCGAACCCUUGAAAGCAUCUGAUAUCGUACAGGGUGCUACCUGCUGGCAGCGGUAUAUCGAUGAAGAUCAUGAUCUAGAUCCAAUAUCAUUGCCUGGACUGUUUGGGGAAGUCGCCCAGUACACAGUGUCAUUGUGCCGCAGAAUGUCGCAUAUCCGCCGAGCCUUAUACAAUUCUCUCCAUCCGGGUAAAGCAGAGAUUAUGUCCUUGCACAGCACCGCCCGCGAGCUCAGGGCCAACUUGCUCUCUUGGGCAGAGACCCUCCCUCCGUCGCUCUCCCUACGAGACGACAAGGAACAACCUCUGCCACCCCAUGUGUUACAGCUCCAGUGCGUAUAUCUCCUCUUUGCACGCGAUUGGCAACUUACGCCCCCCAUUAGCAUGCAGUAUCACGCUAUCCUAGUCGUAAUCGACAGGCCAUUCACCUACGGGCGAUAUCAAGGACUGCCCGGACUGACUGCAGCAGAUAUCGAAGAAUGCCACAAGGCAUGUACAGACGCCGCCAUAUCAAUUACCAAAACACUACAGGUCUUUCGUCAUCGCCACGGAGCGCGGCAAAUGAACAUCCACACCGUUCAUUUAAUCUUCACCGCCGCGUUGGUACACAUCCACAACGUCUUCUUUGCCCCAGCCGAGGAUACACGUACAGCAGCACGUAGCCAUUUUCGCAUUAGUUGUCAGGUACUAUUGGAAAUUGGGCAGGCGUACAAGAAUGCUCUCCGGGCACUAGAGAUCGUUACAUCUAUCAAGUCGAAACUGGAAACAGCCCAGCGCCCGCGGCCUGGAAGUGACGGUGAAUACAAUGGUGGGCUGAACAAACGGGCGCGAUUGGAUGCGCACGGCUUACCGACACCAAGUGUAAGCGCUGGAUCGGGUGCUGGAACAGAGCCUCUGGUAGCCCCGGCGAUGGAGGGGCUUGACAUGCUGGAGGAAUGUUUAGACAUACCGUCUUCUACAACGUUCCUGGCCACGGACAGCGGGUUCCCUGAGAGUUGGGGGUGGGUAUCACCGCCUGGCUCGUUUUUCACGGGUAGUGAGUAG